AGAAUUGGGUAUGAUGAACUACACUUGGUUUACUUUCAGAUGGAAGACAGGGCUAGACAAGACACCAUGAAUGAUGAAAUUUUGAAAAUGCAGACAAAAUACCAGAAAGAGGUUGAUAGAUUAGAAAAGGAAAACCGAGACUUGAGAAAGCAGCUGAACCUGAUGGAGCAAAAGACCGGCAAGAAACGUAAAAUGAAUAAAUCCUUGAUUGACAUGUACUCUGAAAUACUAGAUGUUCUCACAGAUUUUGACUCUAGUUACAACACACAGGAUCAUUUACCAAGGGUAGUUGUAGUUGGUGACCAGAGUGCUGGUAAAACAAGUGUUUUGGAAAUGAUUGCCAGAGCUAGGAUAUUCCCAAGGUCACCAGUUCAAGGUCACGCUAAGUUUGAAGGUCCAGUAUUCAUGUGGCACAGUUUAAGGACAGUACCAGAGAAUUUUGACCUGACAAAGGAAGAGGAUGAAGUCGAGCAUAGGAUGAAAAGUGUUAAAGGUGGACAGACUGUCAGUACUGAGUGUAUAUCAAUGUCUGUGAAAGGGCCUGGUAUUCAGAGAAUGGUACUGGUUGAUUUACCUGGAAUUAUUUCUACUGAAACAACAGUUAUGGCCCCUGAUACUAAAGAAGGUAUCAAAAGGCUUGUGAAAAGUUACAUGGAAAAUCCGAAUGCAAUUAUACUGUGUAUACAAGAUGGUUCCCUGGAUGCAGAGAGAAGUAAUGUUACAGAUGUAGUUAGUCAGAUAGACCCGAGUGGUAAACGAACAAUCUUUGUCCUCACCAAGGUGGAUCUAGCAGAGAGUAACCUGUAUAAUCCUAACAGAAUAAAAUCAAUAUUAGAUGGUGAAUUGUUUCCAAUGAAAGCACUAGGCUAUUUUGCUGUUGUUACGGGCAAAGGUAACUCUAAUGACAGUAUCGACACAAUAAGAAAAUAUGAGAGUGAAUUUUUCCAGAAAUCAAGGCUACUGCAAGAUGGGGCAUUGAAAGUGACACAGACAAAUACCAAUAACCUUAGCAUGGCUGUGUCAGAACUGUUCUGGAAAAUGGUGAAAGACAACAUUGAACAACAAGCAGAUGCAUUUAAAGCAACAAGAUAUAACCUGGAAACAGAAUGGAAAAACAAUUUUCCAAGAUUGAGAGAGUUAGACAGAGAUGAGUUAUUUGAGAAGGCUAAAGGAGAGAUAUUGGAUGAAGUGAUUAGUUUAGGGGCUGUAGUUCCCAAGGCAUGGGAGAUGAUGUUUCGUAAGAAGUUAUGGGAGAGAACGGCCACACAUGUGUUUGAAAAUAUUUAUUUACCAGCUGCUCAAGCAGGAACUGUUGGCUGGGAUGUGUUACAUCAAGAGUUUGCACUUCUGGCAGAGAAGGACAAGAAGAAGAACCCUACUGAGCAUGAUGAAGUGUUUAACCGACUUAAACUUGCUGUGAUAGAAGCUAGUAAAUCUACGCAUAACUGGGAGAACAAGGCUGAAGAGAGUCUGAGAGUGAUGCAACGUAACACACUAGAAGACAGGUCAGUACAGGAUAAACAACAGUGGGAUGCAUCUGUUAAUUUCAUGGAGGAGGCUCUUAAAGAACAACUAGAAAAGAAUGAGAAAAAGUUGCGUGAACUAACGGGUCCGGGAUCCUGGGAGCAGUGGAGACACUGGACACACAGAACAUCAGAACAUAAACAUAGAAUAGCAGCAAAAAAUGAGUUAGAGAGAAUACUGAAACCUCAACGUAGACAUAGACCAACAUUAUCACAAGAUGAACUAACUACAGUAAAACAGACAUUACAGUCACAGGGUAUAGAAGUAGAUGCUGAAUUUAUAAAACAGACCUGGUACCAUGUAUUUAGAGAAAAGUUUAUAAAGAGAGCCCUACAACAGUGUAAUGAUUGUAAAAAAGGUUUUUACUACUACCAGCAUAAUGUUCCGAAUUCAGAGAUGGAUUGUCAUGAGGUGGUAUUAUUCUGGAGGAUUCAUAGAAUGUUAGAAAUGACAAGUAAUGCCCUACGGCAACAAGUUGUGAAUAAUGAAGCUAGAAGAUUAGAAAGAAUCAUAAAAGAUGUUUUGGAUGACUUCUCUGAAGACACUGACAGAUUGAAAAAAUUAUUAACUGGAAGAACUGUGGACUUAGCAGAGGAACUUAAGAAAGUAAGACAAAUACAAGAAAAGCUAGAAGAAUUUAUUGAAGCUCUGAACAGAGAAAAGUAACAAGAUGUUCUAGGAUGAUUAUAGACAAAAAUCGACAGACCUGAGACCUUCAUUUCAGGUGUAUAUUUGAAAUAUCUCACCUGUGUGACCGUGAACUAUCAUGAUAUUAACCUGCAUCAUUUCCAAGCUGUGUGUAACUAU